GCUGAACAAGUCAGUCAUGUGAUUUCCUUGUGCUCAAGCGGAGUCAGAAAAGCAUCGAAGAUUUGGUUUCAAGUAAAGAAAAAUACAAUAAGUAAUUGACGGUAUAAAAGAAAUUUCCACCAUGGCUGAUGACUUGAAGAGAUACUUGUACAAACAGCUACCAAGUGUUGAGGGUCUUCAUGCAAUUGUAGUUACAGACAGGGAUGGUGUCCCAGUUAUCAAAGUGGCAAAUGAUAACGCACCAGAAUAUGCGCUACGGCCAGGCUUCCUCUCCACCUUUGCAUUGGCCACCGACCAGGGCAGUAAGCUAGGGCUCUCCAAAAACAAGAGCAUCAUCUGCUACUAUAACACAUACCAGAUUGUGCAGUUUAACCGGCUGCCGUUGGUGAUCAGUUUCAUCGCAAGCAGCACUGCUAACACAGGUUUGAUCAUCAAUCUGGAGAAGGAGCUCGUACCGCUAAUCGAAGAGCUACGGCAGGUAGUGGAGGUUGCUUAGGAGUGUCACCUUGACGACAAAAGGACUGUUAUAUGACAGAAUCACAAGUUUCCUUUUUCAUGAUCACUCAUGUACACGCACCCUCACACAAGGAUGGCUCUGUUGCAGAAAGACUGGUACAUGUUUGAUAGUGUCUUGAUGCUGUAUUCUUUGUCCUUCAUGUUCUAAUACUUUAAUGUUACCCCUUCCUUGCUUGUGUUUUUUGUAAUUAAUCUGACUCAUGUAGACAUUUACUUAAAAUAAAUAUUAACAUACUGUGGUA